AUGAGUUUCACGGAUAAUGAAGAAACCCUAUUCACUGUUAAUAGUUGGUGUAAAAUGAGUUUCAUUGAUAAUACAUACACACAAGAGAUGUUCGGAACAUGCCUUACAAUUGCACAAUCCAUAGGAGUUUGCUAUGGAAUGAAAAGCGACAAUCUACCAUCAAGGCAAGAUGUUGUGGAUUUAUAUAAAUCAAAAGGAAUUGGAAAAAUGCGUAAAUACUAUCUAGAUGAAGAAGUCCUCCAAGCCCUUAGAGGUUCCAACAUAGAAUUGAUCCUUGAUGUGGCUAAAGAAACCCUUCCUUCUCUUGCAAAUGCCAAUGAAGCCACAAAUUGGGUCAACAAAUAUGUGACACACUAUAUACAAUAUGUCAAUAUGAAGUACAUCAUUGUUGGUAAUGAAAUCCAUCCUGAUGACAAUGAGGCCCAAUACAUUUUCCAUGCCUUACAAAACAUUCAAAAUGCAAUUUCAUCUUCCAAUUUACAAAUCAAAGUUUCAAUAGCAAUAGACAUGACUUUGAUUGCUAAUUCCUAUCCACCAAAUGAUGGUGAUUUCAAUGACAAGUCAUAUAUACAACCAAUAAUUAACUUCUUAGUAAACAAUGGGUCACCACUUCUUGCAAAUGUUUACCCUUACUUUGCUUAUAUUGGUGAUGAAAAAAAUAUUCCUCUUGUAUAUGCUCUUUUUACUCAACAAGGAAACAAUAAUCUUGGGUAUCAAAACCUCGUUGAUGCUAUGUUAGAUUCAAUUUAUGCGGCUCUUGAGAAGAUUGGAGCGUCCAAUUUGCAAAUUGUUGUGUCUGAGAGUGGAUGGCCAUCACAAGGUGGAGAUGGGGCCACAAUUGAAAAUAGUGCUACGUAUUAUAAAAAUUUAAUUGAUCAUGUUAAGAGUGGGAAUGGGACUCCUAAGAGGACAGGUCAAACUAUUGAUACUUAUUUGUUUGCCAUGUUUGAUGAAGAUCAAAAACCUAAUGUUGAAACCGAAAAACAUUUUGGUCUCUUUAAUCCUUAUAAAUCACCCAAAUAUCAAAUAGGAUUCAAUUGAAAAAAUUGAUAA